ACGAUGAAAGUGUGAUGUAAGAGAUAGGCCGGCGAAACAGAAGAUUUGGUUGAAACUAUGGCAAAGGCUGUGGUGUUGGGAGGAGGAAUUAGCGGAUUAUCAUCUGCCUAUUAUGCAUUACAAGAAGGGACUUCUUCAAAAUUUGCCAAGGUGGUAUUGCUUGAGGCUUCUAACAGAUUUGGUGGUUGGUUACAUUCUACUAAAUUUGAAGAUGGGGCUGUGUUUGAUUAUGGUCCACGGAGUUUUCGUCCAACUUAUGUUGGUUCUGGAUUGAACACUGUGGAGCUUGCUCUGAAGCUUGGCCUUCGUGAUGAUAUUAUUGCAGUAGACAAACGUGAUCCAAGCAAUGUCCGGUAUGUCUACAAGGAUAAGAAAGUCCAUCAAAUGCCUGGAACCAUACUUGAUGCCAUUCGUGUUGUUCCACCAUUAAAGAGAAGGUUGAUAUGGACUGCUUAUCAAGACACUUUUGCUGCAAAAGCGACUGAAGAUGAAAGUGUGCAUUCAUUUUGUACAAGACGUUACGGGAAAGAGAUAGCUGAUAUCAUGGGUGAUGCUAUGGUGAGGGGAAUAUACGCAGGAGACUCCAAGAAACUCAGUGUCAGGUCUACAUUAUCUCAGCUUUAUAAUUUGGAGCAGCAGAAAGGAAGGACUAUUUUGGCGAGAGGUCCAAUGGUAUCCAUGUCAAAACCCAUCUUGCAUUACAUCACUAACUGGACUAUGUGGUCAUUGAAAGAAGGUUGUCAGCAACUGCCUGAUACUUUGGUCAAACACCUGACCAGUCCACAGAUGUCAGCUGAAUUACAGCUUAAUAAUAAAUGUACAAAACUGACAUUCAAAGAUGGUGCAGCAGUGGUAACCAGUGAUAAAGGGGAGAUAACUACAGACCAUGUUUUCAGUUCUAUCUAUGCUAGAG